GUCGGUCGUCGCGUCACCGCUUUCUUCAGAAAAGCUUCACCCGAAACCAAAAGUAUUCAAAACGCGUGCUUUUGUUAACACCUUUUCACUUCGAAGGUAAAUAAGUAGCUGCCUCUGCAUACCGACUAUAUACUCGUACUCGCAAUUGAAAUCAGAUGUUUUGACCAGCAACAUAACUAAAUUUAUGCAUUUUUCCCCCGGCCAUAUUGAAAAAUAAACAAACAGAUUUCGUAAGUGUUGUGUGCAUUAAUUGCUCGGCAAAAAGCGGGCUCGUGUGUGCGAUUUAACAAAUAAAUUAAAUGUUUACCACUCGAUUGUUGGCGUAGCUAUAAUAUUUGAUUAAUGAUAAGCUCGUAAACUUAUCAUCUCAGUAGUCCCUCGAAAUCUUUGGCAAAGCCGACAUGCACAAUUCAUCGUGCGCCUGGUACUUUCCGUGGCCUUUGGCUGGUCAGCAGCAGAAGGUAAUGGCUCUGCAGACACCAGUCUCAGACAAAAUUUCUGGCGUCUACCCAGGCUCGGCGCUUAACCCACUGGGCGCUCUCCAGGUGCAGUCCAAUCUGCAUAUCCGACCACAUCAUCAGCAUUCCCAGCAGCAGCCAUCGGUGAUUCCCCACCAGCGCCCACACACCCCUACACCCACACCCACACCCUCGCCUUCCGUAGCCUACAACUUUACGCCUUCACUUCUAAACACACACGCACAACUGCAGGAAUCGGCGACAAGAUACGCAGUGGCCGCACAGGCAACUCAAGGCUCGCUUCAAGGAUAUGCCCGCACACAUAUGCUGCAUCCCACCAUGCUGUCGCCGCUGUCCUUAGCUUCCUGCAUGGCGGCAGCUGGAACAACAUCCUUCGGCGGGGUGCUGCCCCAACAGCCGACCUAUGGAGAGCCGCCUUUAAAGUGUAUAUCGGUAUAUCCUCAGGAGGCACAGCACCCGCAGGUUGCCACAUCGAUGAACAUUAAUUUAGGAAUACUGGCACUGGGAAACUAUGGAGCCAAAACAAAUCCAAGCACUGCAGCCUUGCCCAGCAAUAGGACUAUUAUUUCUCCAAAUGAUUUUGGAAAAAAAACACUGAGGGUACCAGAGAAGCGGAAAACUGAAGACUCUGACCAAAUAAAGGAUUUGAAAAAGGCUAAACUAGAGACAAAGGCUUUGAAAGCAAAAAGGCCUGGUUUUACGGACGAAAGAUAUCAAGAAACAUCCUAUUACAUUGAGAACGGACUUCGGAAAGUCUACCCCUAUUACUUUACGUUCACAACGUUCACUAAAGGGCGCUGGGUUGGUGAAAAGAUCUUAGACAUAUUUGCUAGAGAAUUCCGAGCCCAUCCAGCAGAGGAGUACGAGCGUUGUAUUCAAACAGGAACACUGACAGUAAAUUUCGAGAAAGUGCCCGUGGACUACCGCCUAAAACACAAUGACUUGUUGGCAAAUAUUGUUCACAGACAUGAAGUACCAGUAUCCUGUCAGCCAAUCACGAUUGUCCAUAUAGAUGAGGACAUUGUGGUUGUAAAUAAACCAGCUUCGAUACCUGUACAUCCUUGCGGUCGCUACCGGCACAAUACAGUUGUGUUCAUUCUCGCUAAAGAAUUGAACUUGAAGAAUCUACGCACAAUUCACCGCCUGGAUCGGUUAACAUCGGGUCUAUUGUUGUUCGGUCGCACUCCGAAAAAGGCGCGACAAAUGGAACAACAGAUACGUAACAGACAGGUGGAAAAGCAAUACGUGUGCCGAGUGGAUGGUAUAUUUCCAGAUGGGGUCGUUGACUGCAACGAACCAAUUCAAGUGGUCAGUUACAAAAUCGGGGUUUGUAAAGUUUCUCCGAGAGGAAAGGAGUGCACUACAACAUUUCAAAAGCUUUCACAAAACGACAAUAGCAGCGUUGUCCUCUGCAAGCCCCUCACCGGCCGCAUGCAUCAGAUACGGGUACAUUUGCAAUAUUUGGGCUACCCCAUUGUGAACGAUCCUUUAUAUAAUCACGAAGUUUUCGGACCGCUAAAAGGCCGUGGAGGCGAUAUUGGCGGCAAGUCAGAUGAUGAACUCAUUAGAGAUCUCAUUUGUAUACACAAUGCUGAAAAUUGGCUGGGAAUUGAUAGUGACUCAGACAUAUCAUUGUUUAAAACUACCAAAGAUGAAGCGGACCGAGAAAGCCUCAGUACCGAUCAAAUUUCUGGAAUUCACCACAAUGAUGCUCAUAUUGGUAUUGGUACGCAUUCUCCAGAAAGCACUCCUCUGAGCGUAGAAAGUCCUCUUUCUGAAAAGGAAAGUUGGACUCAGAAAGAAAGCACAGAAAUCACCGAGAGGAUGUGUAAUGCAGCUCCUCUGCUGCUCACUCAGGAAAGCACAGAAGAUCCAGUAGACAUAAUGUUUAAAGCGGAUAAAAUGACAGACGAUAAGCACUGCUAUGAGUGCAAAGUGCACUACCGGGACCCAAAGCCAAAGGACCUUGUUAUGUACUUACAUGCAUGGAAGUAUAAGGGCCCAGACUGGGAAUAUGAAACCGAGCUUCCAAACUGGGCUCGCCCGGAGUGGGACGAAUCCGAAUCGACUUGAGCGGAACGUGUUCAAAUAAUAGCUGCUUGCCGUAACUUUAUUUAUCAUAGACAAAAUUUGAUAUUUAUUCAUUAAGUUAUUAAGUUGUAGAAAUAUUAAUAAAAAUGUAUUUCUCUAUAUAAAACUGGA